GUGCUGCACGGCGGCAGCAUCUCUUCGCCCCUCGGAGCUGGAAAUGCAACUCUUGGGGUCUUCGGAGGCUACAGAGCUGGAGGCGGAGGCGGCUGGGGAGGUCCGAGCGAUGUGACCAGGCCGCCAUCGCUCGUUUCUUUCUCUCUCCUGCCGCCUCCUGUCUCGAAAAUAACUUUUUCUUACUCUAAAGAAAGGGGAAAAAAAGUAGCCAGUCCGCUCCUCAUACCCUCUUUUCCUCGCAGCCUUCUGGUCUGUGAGGGAGCCCGGGGUGGCCGCUCCGCCGUCGGGGCCGCGCCGCCGAGCCCCGGCCGCCCCGGGCCGCCCCCGUCCGCCGCCCCCAUGCAUCCCUUCUACACUCGGGCUGCCACCAUGAUAGGCGAGAUUGCCGCCGCCGUGUCCUUCAUCUCCAAGUUCCUCCGCACCAAGGGGCUCACGAGCGAGCGACAGCUGCAGACCUUCAGCCAGAGCCUGCAGGAGCUGCUGGCAGAACAUUAUAAACAUCACUGGUUCCCAGAAAAGCCGUGCAAGGGAUCAGGUUACCGUUGUAUUCGCAUCAACCAUAAAAUGGAUCCUCUGAUUGGACAGGCAGCCCAGCGGAUUGGACUGAGCAGUCAGGAGCUGUUCAGACUUCUCCCAAGUGAACUCACUCUCUGGGUUGACCCCUAUGAAGUGUCCUACAGAAUCGGAGAGGAUGGCUCCAUCUGUGUGCUGUAUGAAGCCUCACCAGCAGGAGGUAGCACUCAAAACAGCAGCAACGUGCAAAUGGUAGACAGCAGAAUCAGCUGUAAGGAGGAACUUCUCUUGGGCAGAACAAGCCCUUCCAAAAACUACAAUAUGAUGACUGUAUCGGGUUAAGAUAUGGUCUAUGGAUGGAUCAUCUUAUAAUGGAUGGAUAAAAUUUGAUUUUUGCUUUGGGUGGGCUCCUCUUGGGGAUGGAUUAUGGAAUUUAAACCAUGUCACAGCUGUGAAGAUCUGGCACAAGAUAGAAUGGUAAAAAAAA